GAAGAAUUUCCUCUGAUCAUUCGAAACUAGUUGGAACCGCCCCCUGGCUGCAACUCGAUCAGCUUUCGCGCAGUCACCAACCACGGGAACUGGGAGAUGCCUCCAUCGAACGCAUUAGCGUGGUUCCAAGGAUUGCAACUGUAUCUCGAAGGAAUCUAGGGACAUCUGUCGGAUCAUUCGGUAGUUCCAUAGACGUUAGUACUCAAUCCCCCAGACGUGAAAUGCGAAGAUGUCAGCUUCCAGCGAAGACUCGUGUGAAUUGUCCGUAGGUUAUGUUGAGACUUGUGUUGAUCGUUGGAAACUAGAUAGUAGAUUCUUCCCGAGCAAAGUUGGUGGAUAUCCAGCUUGGCUUGAUUUUAACAUACCAGAUGCAGAAGAUUUAAAGUGUCGGAAGUGCGGGAAUCCCUGUAUUUUUCUGUGCCAAGUGUAUGCCCCUAUUGAGGAGCAGGAAAAUUGCUUUCAUCGUACAAUAUUCAUAUUUUUAUGUUUGAGUCCUGACUGUUGCGAAAAUAACACCAACGUAAAUCUCAAAGUUUUUCGGUGCCAGUUGCCACGGAAAAAUGCUUUUUACCCCUAUGACCCACCAGUGUACGAAGAGAAUUGGUGUAAAGAGAUAUGUGCGAGUACAUAUUGUAAACUGUGCAUCGUAUGUGGAUGUAAAAGUACGAGUCAUUGUGCAAAGUGCAAAAAAGCUAAUUACUGUAGUAGGCAGCACCAAGUUUCGGAUUGGAAAGCAGGCCACAAAGAAGUGUGUGAAGUUUAUGCAGAAAGCAACGUAGUAGUCGCAAAGAGCGAAUUGUUACUACCAGAAUUCGAGUUAUUGGUGGGGGCGGAGGCCGGUUCUUCCGAUUCAAGUAGUUCGUCGCCCAGCGACGAAGAGAACGGAGAAGAGACCUCUACCUCAGUUGACAAAGUUGAAGCCACCUUCCAAGGUAACAGUCAGGUGGAUGAAGACCUCCUACGUAUGGCAAGAUCUGAGCAAUCGGAUGACCGAACUUUCCACCACUUCAAGAAAUGUACAAAUCGGCAUCCACGCCAAGUGCUUCGCUACGACAGGGGUGGGGAGCCACUGUGGAUUGCAAGUGUGGCAGACCCUUUGACGGUACCACCCUGUCAGUAUUGUGGAGCAGACAGGAAGUUUGAGUUUCAGAUUCUCCCUCAACUCCUGAACCACCUUGGACUUGACAGUUGUGAGCGGAGUGUGGACUGGGGAACACUGGCUGUGUUUACCUGUGCUGCCAGCUGUGACAUGGGACCUCCAUACAAGGCAGAGUUUGUGUGGAAGCAGGAUUUGUCCUAACUGCAGCUCUCUUUCCUGUGACGUCAAGAGUUGUUUUCAAAGCAUUAACUUAAAUUAUAUGGUCCCAUGAUAUUUGGGGCUGAGUACCAAACAAAUUGCAAAUUGAUGUUCAUUGCAUAUUUAAGACUUCUGUAAUUUUACUUUUUCAGAUCUUUUUUAUCAAAUGGAUGUAUGUUUACUUGACAUGUGUAUACAAAUAAAUGGAAUCCUAUUGUGAGCAAUUCA